AGUACCUGACUAGUUAUACAGCUGUACACAAUGAUUUUAUUUUCAAAGAACACGUUUGCCUGCCUGAGUCUUGUUGUUUUGGCUACCCUUGGCCAGGCAUGCCAGGACACAUCAGCCACGGUGAACACCAAGGACUGGUGGCAAACAGCGCAGUUCUAUCAAAUCUAUCCACGUUCCUUCAUGGACUCUGAUGGCGAUGGCAUCGGCGAUCUGAAUGGUAUUACUAGCAAGUUGGAAUAUCUUAAGGACUUGGGCGUGACAGCUGCGUGGCUAUCGCCCAUCUUCAAGUCUCCCAUGGUGGACUUUGGCUACGAUAUUUCUGACUUCUUUGACAUACAGCCGGAGUAUGGCACAUUAGAGGAUUUUCGAGCACUUAUUAAGAAAGCCAACGAGCUGGAUCUGAAGAUUAUUCUGGACUUUGUGCCGAACCACUCCAGUGAUGAGAACGAAUGGUUUAAGAAGUCUGUAAAGCGGGAGAAGGGCUACGAGGACUACUAUGUAUGGCACGACGGGAAGGUCAAUGCUGAAACUGGAGAGCGGGAGCCCCCCACGAAUUGGUUGCAAUACUUUCGGGGAAGUGCCUGGCAGUGGGUCGAGGAGCGUCAACAGUACUACCUGCACCAGUUUGCGGUACAGCAGCCGGAUUUGAACUAUCGUAAUCCGGAUGUGGUAGCUCAGAUGAAGCGCGUGCUGCGCUAUUGGCUUAACGAGGGCGUCGCUGGCUUCCGAUGUGAUGCGCUGCCACCACUGUUUGAAGUACGCCCUGAUGUCCAAGGUCAGUAUCCCGAUGAGGUGGUGAGUGGCGCCACGGAGGACACGGAAGAUCGCGACUAUUUGACAACGACGUACAUUGAGAACCAGCCGGAAACCAUUGACAUGGUGUAUCAGUGGCGCGAGGUGCUUGAUGAUUAUCAGCGGAUUCACGGCGGCAACUCGAGUGUGCUGCUGAUUGAGACGUACUCCCCGGCCUGGUUCACCAUGCAGUUCUAUGGCAACCGGUCUGUAGAUGGCGCUCACCUGCCAUUUAAUUUCAACUUGAUAACUGUGAUGGAAGAGAGCGGUUUGAGUGCCAGCAAUGUGCAGAAGGCCAUUGAUCUGUGGCUGCAGAACAUGCCCGCCGGACGCACUGCCAACUGGGUGCUGGGCAAUCACGACAAGCGCAGGGCGGCCAGUCGACACGGUAAGGAGCACAUUGAUGCUAUGAAUAUGCUGGUCAUGAUUUUGCCUGGCGCCAGUGUCACGUACCAAGGCGAGGAGCUGGGAAUGACUGAUGGCCAAAUCAGCUGGGAGGACACUGUUGAUCCCUGGGGCUGCAAUUCCAAUCCAGAAAUUUACGAGAAAUACACCAGAGAUCCCGCACGCACGCCCUUCCAAUGGACUAACGGCACAAAUGCUGGCUUCUCAACUGGCUCGAAGACUUGGCUGCCUCUGGCUGCUGACUAUGAGACUAUCAAUGUGGCCACGGAAUCCGAAACGGAGCACUCCCAUUUAAAAAUCUACAAGUCGCUGGUGGCGCUGCGCCGCAGCCUGAAAACGCUGCAAAACGGUUCCACCAAAUAUGCGGCGAUUACUGAGGAUGUUUUCGCCCUGAAGCGUUCGCUUUCUGGAGAUGCCAGCCUUGUGUACGUGUCCAACUUCGGCACGGCAGAUGUUACGAUCAAUCUGGAAGAGUUCGAUAAGACCUUGCCGGCCAGCUUGCAACUGCUCGUGCGCAGCUUGGAGUCCAAUAAAAAAGAGGGUGUUGGAUACGCCACCCAGGAUCUGCUGCUAUCGGCUGGAGAGGCUUUGGUUUUAAGCACUGAAUAAUUCAAAUGCUGUUGAAUUAGUUAGUAUUUUAUUGAUAGUUCUUUGUUUAAUGCUUUGUAAGUUCUCGUAAAUAUAUGCCACCCAACACGA